GCGGAAUUCGAAUAAGUGCACAAUUCGGAGACUCCUGCAUUACGUUGACGCAUGGACAACCUCGAAUUGGGCUGCCCGCUGCUGCCGAGUCCUCAGAGCUGCAGGAUUUGCCGAGGCCAUGAAUCCAGUACGGAGUCCGAGACCCCUUGAAUGGCAUCCUAAUGGUGGUCUAGGCCCGCCCAACAUGCUCAUCUCGGCGUGCUUGUGCAUGGGAUCUGUGGGACGAAUCCACACGCAGUGUUUGAAGGCGUGGAUCCUGUCGAGGGGCCUCCCUAUGCAAGAAGCGAUGGCGUGUGAGCUGUGUAAAACUACAUACCGACUCGUCGGCCGAAGGAGAAUUGCGUGGGGCCGAAAACACGCGUUCAGCAACUCGGCGUUGGUGUACGCCACCGCAUUCGUGCUUCUCCUGUCAUGCACAGUUGGGGUGUUAUGGACAGUUGGGACAAUCCUUUCCUCAUGGCAAACUUUCCGUGGAUCCGUGGCGAACUUGGUGCCCUUGAUUGCGCUCUUGGGAACAUCGGUUCCUGUAGCUCUGUUGACGUUGUGGCAGCUUUUUUCACGAUGGAGAGCCAAGUCGUCCGUUGUCUACUUUGACACCGUUCUGGGAAGUUAGUUGAUUGCACGACGAGCGCACACGGCAUGAGGUGAACUCAAGAAUUCUUUCGUGGUUUGUCCGUUUUUCCAGCGGUGUAGAAGGAUGCCCUUCGUGGCAGAGUAAUCAAAACACGAUGGGAUUCACCUCGAUGCGCCGCAACGUCUACCGGCG